AUGGAUAACUUUAAGCUUGUUUAUAAGGACAAAUUUGAAAAGACUAAAUACGGUCUAGUAGAACUUGGCUCUCAUGAACUCGUAGAAGCAUUUGAGUCAGGCAGCAACAUUGUUCUUAAAGGGUUGCCAGAAGACGAUGCUGUAUUAUGUACAGAUACAAAGACAUAUCUUGUUCGCCAAGUCAAUACAUCAAACUCUAUGCUGCUAGUCACUCGAAGCUAUCUGAAUGAACAAUAUGUAGUUCAUGACGACUUAUCAAGCACCAUUGAAUUAUUACCUUGUCUUGCAAGAACAAACCGCAUAGAUGACUUGUUGACCGAGUCUAGUUAUUCUGGAUCAAAAAACGAAACUGACAUUCGAAAGACCAAGACACUCUAUACCUAUCAAGAUCUUUUAUCUAUCGUACAAGCAAGUGAACAUGAAUUACGAGCAGCCUUAAAGGAAAGAGGCGCUUUUGAACACGAAGGAUAUUAUCGAUUGUUUGAUAAAGGGUUUCUGUUUCGAUUGUUUGAUUCCUUAGUGACAAGUGCUGUUCUACUUGGGAUUGAUUUCAACAACAUGACACUUGAGCAAGCCAAGCAAUGUAUUUUAGAAGAAAUGAGUGCUGUAGAUGAAGAAGAAGUGAUACCAGACAAUGUCUUGUUGGCAAGUAUAAAAUCGUUGAUUGCAAAUGAUGUAGAUCAAAAUGAUGCCAUUUUACAGUUUGAUGAGCACAAGAUCUGCCGAUUUUUAGGGGAAUGGUUACUGACAAAUCCAAGGGUAAAGAAACCUCUACUGAUGUCAAUGUAG